UUUCUGCCGUGCGUCAGCAAUUUCCCGAGCAUCAGCCUCUCUUUAACGGGAAUAGAAACACAAUCAGGGGGGGUUCAUCGUUGCAGACCAUGGACGAAGACCAGAAGACAUAUCUCAUCUUAUACCUGGUCAUCCCAUGGAUCACCCGUAUCCCUGAUCUAUGCGCCCUCAGUCUUGUUUCUCGACCCAUCUCCCUGCUCACCCAACCCUACAUAUUCAAAUCUUUGAGUGUCGAUAUUCCUGAGGCCUCGGAGGGCGAAGAGUCUGGGAAAUUUGACGCGCUGAAACAUGGAUGGCCGCUGGCUCAUCACAUCCGGUGAGUCCUUUUCUGUACAAGCCCUGACACUCAUCACUUAGCUAGCACAGGGCGCUGACACUUAGGGUGAAGCCGUAUAGACCGCAAGUUCUUGUGCCUGCAUCGGGGUUGAUGAAUAAGCUGCCGAAUCUCAAGAGCUUGACGGUGUCUAUUAACAGUGAACUUCGAUCCAAUCAUUCAAUCUAUUGGGCCAAUCCACUCCGUCGCUUACAUCUAGUAUCUGAUGUGUACGGAUAUAUAUUUGACUGUUCCUCCGUUGCGCUGCGGGGUGCGGUUAACGGGUUGAGGGAAAUUGACGUUGCCAAUGCCCACGCUUCUACUCAGCUUUUGGAAGCGCUCAUUGACGGAGGGCGCGAAGUGAUCGAGGGCUUGAAACUUCCGCUUUCCCCCAUCUCUCCUUAUCCGAGUGAAGGUUUCCUUUCCAAGCUUUAUUGUCCCAAAUUGAAAAGGCUUGAGUUUCGUACCCGCCAGAAGCUGGAUAUGCGACCUUUUCUCAGAAAUAAUCCAGGAAUCACUCGAUUUGCCUGCAGCGGAAAUAUUGCUGAACCCUUGUCGGCCUGCCCAUCGGCGGAGUCGGUGGUGUUCAUGGACCAGACAAGAGAAGUGAAAUGCAUAGAUACCCUAUGCAAUCUUCCCAAUCUUGAUAAGCUUCGCCAUCUCCAAUUGCGCAUCUCGGACGGUCCCGUGCUGCACGCCAGCUUUUCAGAGUGUCUGCGCUCAUUGUCGUCGCUUGAAUACCUUUCUUGCUCCGGACAGCUCUUCGUCCAUGAUUGCGACAACAGUGGAGAACACUACGCCCCACUACAUCCGGACGGAAACCCAACGAUGUUGACGGAGGAAUAUUCAUGCGGUUUCCCGUCGCUAAAGUUUGUAGAAGUCGUUGGAUUCCCCUUUCGCUUUAUUUCGCUUCCGCCACCUCCAGUUGUGGAGCCUUCAGGGCAGCUGGCUGGUGAUUCCAAUUUACUUCGCUGGAGAUAUGGAGAUGAAUAUGCAUCGACUCUUCCACCUCCCUGGGCGAAUGCCGUCCGGUCUUUAAUCGGUGAACAAACUCGUCAAUUCCUAAAUCGCGCGCCGAAGUUUCAAAGGGCCAGAUUCAGACCAUACACACAUCCGCCUUACGAUCUCAAUUUGGAUGUGAUUGUUGAGCAUUACCCGAAUAGGUCGUACUUUGUCUUGGGAGGUUUUGGCCGCAAGUCGAAGGGUGAGGUGUUGGAGGGUGAUGGGGGGCUGUUCGCGCAAAUACCGUAUGAUGGCCCCUGGACAACCUCGUGGAAGUCUGGUCCAUUCUGUCUCUAGCCAUAGGCAGUACUUAACUCGAUUAACUUGCUACUCCCUACUUUCUGCUAAGUGUAGCGGCUUUGUUUCACAUUAGUAUGAAUGCCCGUAUCCCAAAAAUCUUGAUAGACAUAAUAGAGAUGCAGGGAUAGAUUGCUCUACCUCUUUCAUCCUAAAGAAUAGAUCCUUACAUGCCAGCUCCGUGGCUGAUCCCUUAUUAUGUUUGAUGGCAAUGGUAACACAGUGACAUU